AUGAAGUGGCUGCGCGCCGCCAUGGCACAGUACAGGCACGUGAUGACGAUUCACUCGCCGCACAGCUGCGUGGCAGGACCAACGUGUUUUGGCGGACAACAGCAAACGACGAACUACGACCUCCUCGCCAAAGUCGUCAUGCUCGGCAUCACCGGGGUGGGCAAGACGUCGGUCCUGCACCGCUACACAAAGGGCACCAUGACGGUCAACAGUCUUCCCACUAUCGGAUCUGACUUUGUAAAUCACCCGGUCACGUGGAACGGCGCACGGAUCAAGAUGCAAUUGUGGGACAUCGCCGGGCCGGAGCGAUUCACCAGUGUAACACCGAUCUAUUAUCGCGGCGCGAAAGGUCUGGUCCUCGUCUACGACAUCGCCGACCUGUCGAGCUUCAACGCCACCGCCGGUUUCCUUCAAGAAAUUCAAUGGCACGCGCCCGAAGAUGUGAGCGUGGUGCUGGUGGGCAACAAGACCGACCUGGCGCCAGACAAGCGCGUUGUGACCGAACAGAUGGGCAGGCAACGGGCGGAGGAAUGGGGCGCGCGGUUCUGCGAGUGCUCGGCCAAGGCAGGCGAGGGCGUGACCGAUGCGUUCGAUAUGGUCAUCGCGGGUAUAAUGGGCGGCUGGCAGUACGUGUCUGGCAUGGCGACGCCGGCGCAUGUGCCCAGCGACGCUCUCCUCGCCCAGCUCUUUCCUACUCCCACCACCGCCACCGCCGCCUCUUUCUCCUCGCCGGGCGGCAAUGGCACCGAGACCCAGCAGCAGCGGUGUGUGCUGCAGUAG